CUCGAAUAUCAUAAAAAGAAUGGAAAUCUAAUCUGAAUUCAUUGUCAGUAAACUUAUAUUUUCUGAAUUUGUUCUUCUGUAACUUUUCAAUAUUUUGACACCUUUCUCUUUUCUUGCACUUAAUACUACAUUACUACGAUUAUAUGUUGCUGAAUGAAUCAUUUUUAAAUCCGUUGUUUCCUGUUGUUGAUUUUAUAAUAAGACAUAACUGUACAUGUACAAUGCUAAUGGAAUAUUAUUUAGGGAAAUCACUUUCUAAUUUAAGAAUUAUGAAAAACCACAUUAAAUUUCCCCAUUAUUGUCAGCUAAUGGACAGUAGAUUUCGCUUUUUUCAGAUAAAAAAAGCAAGCAAAGAUACAGAAAAAUAUCGAAAAACAUUACAUGUAAUGAACAGUGUGAAGUUAAAUCUAUCAUACCAUGGAGUUAAGCGUGGUUAUAUUAGUUACAUAUAAGAGGACUUACAGC